AUGGACCGUUUCCCUCCCCCGUCAAUGAUGAUGUCCCCUCAAUCCCCCAGUACAACGCCAACCGGACCACCUAACGGUCCUUUCCGGCCCCGCCGAUCCGAAGACUGGCACGUUUACCGCGAAACCAUCGAACAACUGUACCGCAGUGACCAGCUUAAAUUGCGAGAUGUCAAACGCAUCAUGGAAAGGGAACAUAACUUUGCUGCCUCAGAAAAACAAUACAAAGAUCGACUCGCUGCCUGGAAUAUCCGAAAGAAUAUUAAAGCCGCAGAGGUGCAGGUCAUGAUUCGCAAAAAGCAAAAGCGUGCCGCCCGGGGCAAGCAAACCGCCUUUCGACGAGCAGGUCAAGAUGUUGACCCUAAACGACUUACUCGAUUCGUCCGUCGCUAUGGGACCCAGUGGGAAAAGAAUCCAGAUAAAGACGCCGACCUACAGAGUCCUGAACCGAAAACUCCGUCCGAUAUGUCUUGCUACACACCCGAGCCAGAAGAGGGAGCAGCCACUCCCAUCUCACCACCGGAUGUACAAUCUCCCACGAGGGAGACUCCACCUUAUCCCAUGAACUACGACCCCACAAACUUGGCAACCAUGCCCGACCUCGUCAUAGCCAGCGACGACGAACCAUACGCAAUGAACAUGCACCAUCAACACCAACAUCAACACCAACAACGCCACUCCCACUCACAUCCCAACCCCCCUCGCCGUGUAUAUCACCCCUCAGAACUCACCCACCCCCAACCCCACCCCUCCCACCACCCAUCCGUGCACUCAAUGCUCCACUCCCCAAUCACCCACGACCCGCACGCCCACCACCACCACUCCCAAUCCCAGGCCCACCACCAACACCAACACCAACACCACCAACACCACAAUCACCACGGCCACAUCCUCAACCCAAUCCACCCCGUCCACCCACCCGUAACCGCCAUCCCCUCAAUAGCCAUCCCAGCACCCAUCUCAUCACUCCCGCCCUCCAUCUCCUCCCCCGCGCCAACCCCAACCCCCAUCUCCAUCCCCGUCUCACUCUCCACCCCAGUCACCGCCAUGCCCGUCUCCAUCGUGCCGGGCUACGACGGGUGGAGAUUGGAUGUGUUCCAGAACCGUCUGGAGGGCUUGCAGUAUGAGUUGGACCGGUCGAUGUCCAAGUGGGCGCGCGAGCAGGAUCCUAACCAGGAGAUUCCGGGGCACCACGAGGGUCUUGGGCAGUGA